CCAUUGCUCAUGAUGACUCCUAUUACCGUGCUAUUGUUACUCAAACAAACAAUGAUGGCACUGUUGGUCUGUACUAUGUGGACUAUGGUGAUAGUGGAACAGUGCCAAAGUACAAGCUUCACAAGCUCAGAAAGGAGUAUUUACAACUUCCAUUCCAAGCAAUUGAAUGUUAUUUGGCCAACACUAGACCAAAAGGUGAGAGCUGGGAUAAACAAGCAUCAGAAGACUUUGAGAAGUUAACACAUUACCCUAACUGGGUGGGUCUUAUGGCCAAAAAUGUCAAGUAUUGUGGUAGCAUCCCAUGUCUUGAUUUGUAUGACACAACGACUGAUAAGGACAUUCACAUCAACCAAGAAAUGAUUCAACGUGGAUAUGCCUUUGAAGAUAGCUCGUAUCCAACACAGACAUCUGAGCCAGAACCAAGAGGAAGAUAUGUUAAAGGUACAUCACAUAACACAUUUCCAGAAAAUUCAUUAUCCGAAAAUGAAGUAUUUACCACACAUUCUGCCACAGUCGUCGAUGAAGAAGACGCAAAGAUAGACCUUAACUUGAGUGGACCUAUUAAUCCCAACGAGUUCUCGCCCAUUAAAAGUGCCCUGGUAAAACGUGUCUCAAAAGAGUACAUAAAUACCAGUGCAGUAACUAAAGAUCCAGGAAUGCGUGCUGCCGUUGACACAAUAUCAGAAGAGAAACUUGUACAAGAGUUAGUUGUUGCUGCUGAGAUUGAAUCACAAUUGCAAUCUUUACCGGAAAUUGAAUCUGAGUCUAUACCGGAAGUGGAGUCCUCUCUGGAGGUAAAUUCCAUAUCGAAAACACUAGAGUCUGCUCCGGAAAAAGAUUUUAAAUCUACGCCAGAAGUGAAUGUUCCAAGUGAUGUUCCCCCAUCUCUUGCUGAGGUUUCCGGUUUUGGCUCCCCAAAUUCAUCGCAUGUUUUGAAACCAGAGGUUAGGGAAAUGAUUGAAAUCGAAGUGGGCCAAUCAUUUGAGACGCAGCUCACACCACCCAACGGUAUUGUCACGCAAUCGCGGAUUAAGGAGAGGAGUGACGCGGGAGGAGUGUUUUCGACUGAGGUUGCGCAAUCUGAUUCUGGAAUUGAUGUCAAGCGUGAUGGCGAUGUGAUGAACAUUUCUGUAGAUUCUCACUUGGAACCAUCUGUCGCGCAAGCUACUAUCACGCCAUCUGUAGAUGAUGACGACGACGACGAUGAUUUAGAAACUUUCACUUCAACACUCCAAAAGCAAGUCCACAGUAAAAAAACUUUUGUUUCAUCAGUGACUGUCACAUCAAACCACAACAAAAGGUCCACUGUCACGAUCGUACCAACAAGUGACGCAGAAGAUGCCGAAGCAGGCAGYGAGACCACGCAUUCCAGUAAAAUAUCAUAUGCACAAGUCUUAACGAAAUCCAAAAAAGAUGGUCCAGCCAUAGUUAAUCUAUCUGCACACCCUGCAGGUAAUGAAGACAACACCGUAGAACAAAGAUUUGAAAUUCAUUCAAAACCUAACAAUGCCUUUGAAUUACGGCAGGAAGUGACGCCAUAUAAGGAAGGUAGCAUCGAACAAACACUUAAUCACAUGACUCAGUCAACCAAUCAAGAUAAAGCGCCAAUUCCAAAUCAACAAAAUGGCGCUUUGAAUUUUGAGAAAAAAGAUGUUCCGAGUGAUGACCGUAAAAGCCCUUUGAAUAUUGACAGUGAUUCCGAGACGUACUUAAGCGCUUUAGAAGAACCCGCCUCGGACACCGACACAACAAGCUAUUACGAGACAGCUGCCGACCGAAUAAGCGGCAGCUCUACAUCACUUGACUCCUUAACACCAGGCGUCGAUACUGAUACUGACACGGUCAGACCACACGACGAGGAGAAUGGUACGCCAGUAAAUAGCGACACUGAUGAUGACUAUGAUAGCGAUGAUGAAAGCGAAGCGGCCGAUAAAACGCCAAAAAGGAAAGAGUCUGACGGUCAUGUCGACGAGGGGAGCACACCGAAAGCGAGUGAUUCGCUCARAAUGGCAGCAAAAUAUCUGUCGGACAUGGACCUUGGAUACAAAGGUGAYUCUGAAGAUGUUACAGAAUCAAGAGAAGACUUAAGUUGACUUUUGCUCGUGGUACAUUUCCAUUAACAAAAAAACAUAMAUUUUCUAAUGAAUUGGGCGAUUUUCCACUUUCUACAGUGGAACCCAACAUAACGAGCAACUGCUUAAUACAGCCACCCCUUUAAUAAGGUCAUUUUUGAAUGUUACAUCGGUGGCCAGAUUACGGAGGCUCCACUGUUGUAUUCAACAGCAUGUUUUUGGUUUUCCUUUUAUAUCAUUUUUUAUUCAGUUUUGGUCCAAUUUGUUAGUGAAUACUCAAAACAAUGAAAAUUGUUUAAAAUAUUAGCGGCCUUUUGGCCUUCAGUCUCAUUUAGACAAUAAAGUAGUUGAAGCGAGGGCAUUAUGCUGUGAUAACUGGCUAGAUGUAACUGGAUACAUACAUAUGUGGUGUGAUCCAGCGGAUACACAUGUCGGUUCUUCUGGACCCUUUUUUCCGCGAUCAAGAAUUAAAAGCUAAAUAGGGUCUGAGAUUGUACUAUGUUAAGGCUAAUAGCUGUUUGGAUUCUCUUGAGCAAGAGACAAAAGAGAGAACGAGAAAAUGUCUUUAUAACAAUAGCCUUGAAAAUUGGCAUUUUCCCCAAGUUGAGACUAAACCUGUGUUGAUUCCCAUAAGACCUAAGGUUUAAGCGUUUUGGGAAUACAGGGUUAGCCUCUACUCGGGGAAAAUGUAAAUUUUUAGCGCUAUUGUAAUUUCAACAUUUUCUCUUGCUUUUUUUAUGUCUUUGCGUAAGAGAAUCUGUUGUCAAGUAAAGCAGCGACAUUUUGCUUUAAAUUCGAAGUUGGAGUAUUCUUCGUGUGCAACCACAUGACUUGUAUCCCCUGAGAAAUAAACAACAAAGCAAUCGCCGCCAUGUUGGAUGAAUGAACAAGAGAAACUAAUGAGGAAUGCUUUGUGAUCUUCAUCCAACAUGGCGGUGAUGACGUAACUUGCACGCCAAGAAUAAUUUCCUUCUCUAUAGUCUGAGUUCAUCCAGCGUUUACCCGUAAACACGAGUUUAAGAACGUUAAUUUUGAAAAUAAACCGGAUGUACGCAGGCUAUCUUCUCCAGCGCUGUAACUUUUUAUCAUUUCUAGAAGUCAAUUCCAUACAAGAACUAAAUAUUGAUGUGAUACUGUAAAGUAAUAUAUAGAGGAUAUGACAUGGGCGCGUGCUGAACGGAUAAGGAUUUUUUAUUCAAGAUCUCCAAUAUAUAGAGAUAUUGAAAAUAGACAGUGAAAUGAACACACUUUUGAUAAAAUGUUUGAUAGUGCAGUGUGACUAGUUUCUUUAAUAUUCCUAUCGAGCAAUCUGACUUAUUGAAACUGUAUGAAACUCACGUAAAAUUGAUUAUAAAGUGUAGAAAUUAUAAAUGAAAAAAUGAAGUCUGGAAAAGGGAA